AUCGCAGCUUCCAGUCAUGUUGGCCAGUCGCCGCGUCCUGCGCGUCCUCCUGCCGCGCGCCUUUAGCACGGCCGCCAAGGCCCGCUCCAACGUCAUCGUCUGGGGCAACGGCUCGGUGGGCCAGCUCGGUGUCGGGCCCUUUGAAGUGUCUGGCAUCACGCGCAAGUACGAAGAGCUCGGGCCCAAGGUGCUCGAUAGCUUCCUCGAGCAAAACAUCAACGUGACCAAGCUCGCCUUGGGCCAGGACCACAGCGCCGCCGUUGAUGAGAACGGUCGCGUCUACAUGUGGGGCCGUGGCGAGAAGGGGCAGUUGGGCCUUGGCGAAAGCAAGCUCCAAGCGGAUGCCCCGACGCUCCUCGAGACGCUCCAAGACGUGAAGAUUGUCGAUAUCUCGUGCGGCGUCACGCACACCGCGGCCGUCGACUCGGAAGGCCGCGUCUUCACGUGGGGCUUUGGCGGCUCGGCCAUGUCGGACAAUGCGCUCGGCCUUGGCCCGUCCUCGGGGAAGAACCAAAUGGCGCCCGCGCUCGUCGAAACCUUCAUUGAAGAUGGCUGCCCCAUUGCCUCGAUUGACUGCGGCGACGCACACACGGUCGCGCUCUCGGUGGACGGCGAAGUGUGGUCGUGGGGCCGCGGCGACAAUGGCCGCCUCGGCAACGGCGAGCUCAUCAGCCUCGAGUACCCCGAGCCGAUGGAAUUCUUCGACAAGGUCAACAUUGUCCAGAUCGCGGCCGGCCGGUCGUUCACGCUUGCGCUGCGUGACGACGGCCGCGUCUUUGGCUGGGGCAAGAACAACCACUUUCAGCUCGGCUCGGAAGGCGGCGGCAUGGUUGUCGACAUGAACACGAUGGAGAGCUUCCCCGUCGAGAUCACGGGCUUUUACGACGAGCGCAUUGUCAAGAUUGCGGCCGGGAAGGAGCACGGUGCUGCGAUUUCGGCGGCCGGCCGCCUCUUCAUCUGGGGCUCCAACCUCUGGGUGCAGCCGCGCGAGAUCACGGCGCUCAAGCACAAGAAGAUCGUCGACGUGGCCUGCGGCGACCGCUCGACGCUGGUCGUUGCCGAGGACGGCACGGCGUUUACGUUUGGGAAGCGCGGCAUGGGCAGCUCCAACUACCUUGGCCACUACGACACGCAGCCCCAGGCGCAGCCCAAGCAGCUCGACGCGCUCUCGCAGGCCUUUGUCAUGGCCGGCGCGUGCGGCAGCCAGCACAUGGCCGUCCUCGCGCGUGCCCAGAGCCUCGCCGCCGACUCGGACUUUUCGUUCCGGGAGUAAACCAACCUCUUG